AUGCAAGCUGAUGGAAAAGAUUAUGCGAAAAAGCUAGAGGAACAUCUGGAGCGGAAGAAUCCCCGCGCCGUCAACAGUCCCCACCCCGUCAACAGUCCCCACCCCGUCAACAGUCCCCACCCCGUCAACAGUCCCCGCCCCGUCAACAGUCCCCACCCCGUCAACAGUCCCCGCCCCGUCAACAGUCCCCACCCCGUCAACAGUCCCCACCCCGUCAACAGUCCCCACCACGUCAACAGUCCCCGCCCCGUCAACAGUCCCCACCCCGUCAACAGUCCCCGCCCUGUCAACAGUCCCCACCCCGUCAACAGUCCCCAUCCCGUCAACAGUCCCCACCCCGUCAACAGUCCCCACCCCGUCAACAGUCCCCGCCCCGUCAACAGUCCCCACCACGUCAACAGUCCCCGCCCCGUCAACAGUCCCCACCCCGUCAACAGUCCCCGCCCUGUCAACAGUCCCCACCCCGUCAACAGUCCCCAUCCCGUCAACAGUCCCCACCCCGUCAACAGUCCCCACCCCGUCAACAGUCUCCACCCCGUCAAAAGUCCACGCCCCGUCAACAGUCCCCACCCCGUCAACAGUCCCCACCCCGUCAACAGUCCCCACCACGUCAACAGUCCCCACCCCGUCAACAGUCCCCACCCCGUCAACAGUCCCCACCCCGUCAACAGUCCCCGCCCUGUCAACAGUCCCCACCCCGUCAACAGUCCCCAUCCCGUCAACAGUCCCCACCCCAUCAACAGUCCCCACCCCGUCAACAGUCCCCGCCCCGUCAACAGUCCCCACCACGUCAACAGUCCCCACCCCGUCAACAGUCCCCUCCCCGUCAACAGUCCCCACCCCGUCAACAGUCCCCGCCCCGUCAACAGUCCCCGCCCCGUCAACAGUCCCCGCCCCGUCAACAGUCCCCGCCCCAUCAACAGUUCCCGCCCCGUCAACAGUCCCCACCACGUCAACAGUCCCCGCCCCGUCAACAGUCCCCACCACGUCAACAGUCCCCGCCCCGUCAACAGUCCCUGCCCCGUCAACAGUCCCCGCCCCAUCAACAGUCCCCGCCCCAUCAACAGUCCCCGCCCCGUCAACAGUCCCCGCCCCGUCAACAGUCCUCGCCCCAUCAACAGUUCCCGCCCCGUCAACAGUCCCCACCACGUCAACAGUCCCGGCCACGUCAACAGUCCCCACCACGUCAACAGUCCCCGCCACGUCAACAGUCCCGGCCACGUCAACAGUCCCCACCACGUCAACAGUCCCCGCCCCGUCAACAGUCCCCGCCCCGUCAGCAGUCCCCGCCCCGUCAACAGUCCCCACCACGUCAACAGUCCCCGCCCUGUCAACAGUCCCUGCCCCGUCAACAGUCCCCGCCCCAUCAACAGUCCCCGCCCCAUCAACAGUCCCCGCCCCGUCAACAGUCCCCGCCCCGUCAACAGUCCCUGCCCCGUCAACAGUCCCCGCCCCAUCAACAGUCCCCGCCCCAUCAACAGUCCCCGCCCCGUCAACAGUCCCCGCCCCGUCAACAGUCCCCGCCCCAUCAACAGUUCCCGCCCCGUCAACAGUCCCCACCACGUCAACAGUCCCGGCCACGUCAACAGUCCCCACCACGUCAACAGUCCCCGCCACGUCAACAGUCCCGGCCACGUCAACAGUCCCGGCCACGUCAACAGUCCCCACCACGUCAACAGUCCCCACCACGUCAACAGUCCCCGCCACGUCAACAGUCCCCGCCCCGUCAACAGUCCCCACCACGUCAACAGUCCCCGCCCCGUCAACAGUCCCCACCACGUCAACAGUCCCCGCCCCGUCAGCAGUCCCCGCCCCGUCAACAGUCCCCACCACGUCAACAGUCCCGGCCACGUCAACAGUCCCCACCACGUCAACAGUCCCCGCCACGUCAACAGUCCCGGCCACGUCAACAGUCCCCACCACGUCAACAGUCCCCACCACGUCAACAGUCCCCGCCCCGUCAACAGUCUCCACCACGUCAACAGUCCCCGCCCCGUCAACAGUCCCCACCACGUCAACAGUCCCCGCCCCGUCAGCAGUCCCCGCCCCGUCAACAGUCCCCACCACGUCAACAGUCCCCGCCCCGUCAACAGUCCCUGCCCCGUCAACAGUCCCCGCCCCAUCAACAGUCCCCGCCCCAUCAACAGUCCCCGCCCCGUCAACAGUCCCCGCCCCGUCAACAGUCCCCGCCCCAUCAACAGUCCCCGCCCCGUCAACAGUCCCCACCACGUCAACAGUCACCACCCCGUCAACAGUCCCCGCCCCGUCAACAGUCCCCACCCCGUCAAGUCCCCACCACGUCAACAGUCCCCGCCCCGUCAACAGUCCCCACCACGUCAACAGUCCCCGCCACGUCAACAGUCCCCACCACUUCAACAGUCCCCGCCACGUCAACAGUCCCCACCACGUCAACAGUCCCCGCCACGUCAACAGUCCCCGCCACGUCAACAGUCCCCACCACGUCAACCGUCCCGGCCACGUCAACAGUCCCCGCAACGUCAACAGUCCCCGCCACGUCAACAGUCCCCACCACGUCAACAGUCCCGGCCACGUCAACAGUCCCCGCCACGUCAACAGUCCCCACCACGUCAACAGUCCCCGCCACGUCAACAGUCCCCACCACGUCAACAGUCCCCGCCACGUCAACAGUCCCGGCCACGUCAACAGUCCCCGCCACGUCAACAGUCCCCGCCCCGUCAACAGUCCCCGCCCCGUCAACAGUCCCCGCCCCAUCAACAGUCCCCGCCACGUCAACAGUCCCCGCCCCGUCAACAGUCCCCGCCCCGUCAACAGUCCCCGCCCCGUCAACAGUCCCCGCCCCAUCAACAGUCCCCGCCCCGUCAACAGUCCCCGCCCCGUCAACAGUCCCCGCCACGUCAACAGUCCCCGCCCCGUCAACAGUCCCCGCCCCGUCAACAGUCCCCGCCCCGUCAACAGUCCCCGCCCCCUCAACAGUCCCCGCCCCGUCAACAGUCCCCGCCCCGUCAACAGUCCCCGCCCCGUCAACAGUCCCCGCCCUAUCAACAGUCCCCACCCCGUCAACAGUCCCCACCACGUCAACAUGGUUGGUCAGGAUAA